CUUCACUUACGUAGACGUCUGAGAGCACGUUUUUGUUAGAAAAACAUGCGGUGAUUUUUUCAUUACGCUAAAAUUAUUAAUAUUAUUUUUAAUUCUGUGUAUUACUUACUAGCGACGUUUUCAGUCCUUUCAUUACUGUUUCUUCGGGAUCAAUUAUUACAUAAUGGAUAAUAGCUGUAUUUGUGUUCGGGACGGAGUCCUUGUGGGUAUUGGUAAUCCCUUGUUAGAUAUAUCUGCUAUUGUUGAUGAAGCAUUACUCAAAAAAUAUGGCCUCCAAGCAGACGAUGCUAUCAUGGCUGAAGAAAAGCACAUGCCGUUGUAUAAGGAACUUAUGGAUAAAUAUAACGCCGAGUUCAUAGCUGGUGGCAGCGUGCAGAAUUCACUACGAGUAGCUCAGUGGAUUCUGAAGAAGCCCAAAUUAUGUGUAUACUUCGGUUGUGUUGGAAAUGAUGACUAUGCCAAAAUAUUAAAGGAGAGAGCCGAAGCGGAUGGCGUGUCUGUACAAUACCAGAUAUGCGACGAAGCGCCAACGGGCACGUGCGCGGUGCUAGUGACGGGCACACACAGGUCGUUAUGCGCGAACCUCGCCGCCGCGCAAAAGUUCACCGUCGACCAUCUUGCUAAGGACGCGAGCCGCAAGAGCAUAGAGGGCGCUAGGUUCUUUUAUGCGUCUGGAUUCUUCGUGGCAGUGUCUCCCGAGUCCAUAAUGCAGCUCGCUAAACACGCGAACGCAAACAACCACACUUUCAUAAUGAACUUGAGCGCGCCAUUCGUGUCGCAGUUCUAUAAGGAGCCGUUGAGUGAAAUAAUGCCGUAUGUCGAUGUACUGUUUGGUAAUGAAUCGGAAGCCGAUGCGUUCGCUAAAGCUUUCGACAUAGCGGAAACGAAUGUAAAGGAUAUCGCUUUGAAAAUAGCGGCACUACCAAAACAAAACGAAUCGCGGCCGCGAGUCGUCGUAAUCACGCAAGGAAAGGAGCCUGUUAUAUUAGUAGAGGGUACCAAAGUAUCGUUCAUUCCAGUCAUUUGUCUCACUAGGGAACAAAUUGUCGAUACAAAUGGUGCUGGUGACGCGUUCGCGGGAGGUUUUCUCAGUCAAAUGGUUCUUAACAAGUCGUUUGAAACUUGCGUCAAAUGCGGUAUUUACAGCGCAACGCAUAUCAUACAACACUCCGGUUGCACGUUUAGCGGUGAGAGCGACUUUCAAGAAAGUUAAUGAUCGUUUUUUUUUUAUUUUUCUAAUCAAUUUCUUUUGUUUGUUUGUCGUUAUUUGUUGUAACUGGUAAGUGGACAUUAUUUGUGACCAUAGACAAUGGAAUGGUUGUAUUUGAAUUUAGAAUUUUUUACUGGUAAUAUUGCGUGCUGUUUUGUUUAUAAAGCUAUUUAGGUUUCCAUAUUUGAAAAAUAUGUUUGAGAUUUACAGUAAAAUAAUUUAUUGAGCAAUAUUUAAAGCAAUAUUAUGGGAUAAGUUUAGUCUUUUUUUCAAUAUCACAAACUGCUUAUAUAAUCGCAGUAUGAAUAAAUUUACAGAGAUAUAGCUUGGUAAUGUUGUUACUGGCUGAUUUCAGAAAAUAUGCAAUGAUAUAGCAAUAC